CAGUGGCGGCGGAGGCGGCUCCGGGAGCCGGCGCAAAUCCGGCCCCGGGUGCGGGACCCGGGCAGGUCUGGAAGAGCCCCAUCUGGGCCCAAGUGUGCGGAGGAUGGAAACACUGCCCCGGCAAUGUCUCUGGGCCGCCUCCUUCGCCGGGCCUCCUCCAAAGCCUCGGACCUCCUGACCCUCACCCCGGGUGGUGGCGGCGGCGGCGGGCCCCCCUCCGUCCUGGAUGGGGAGAUCAUCUACUCCAAGAACAAUGUCUGUGUGCACCCCCCAGAGGGGCUGCAGGGGCUGGGGGAACACCACCCAGGCUACCUGUGUUUGUACAUGGAGAAGGAUGAACUGCUGGGGGCCACUCUCAUCCUCGCAUGGGUCCCCAACUCCCGGAUCCAGAAGCAGGACGAGGAGGCGCUGCGCUAUAUCACCCCCGAGAGUUCCCCCGUGCGCAAGGCACCCCACCCUCGGGGCCGGCGUGCCCAGAGCUCAGGGGCCCCCCACCAGCCGUCCCCCACGGAGCCCAGGUCCACCCUGAUCCCCAGAGAUGAGGACAUCCUGGUGGUGGCCCAGAGCAUUCGAGAUACUGAGUACGUCAGCCCUUCGCCCGAGGAUGGGGAGAAGCUGGCCCCGGGCUUGGGGACAGACGGCCCCCUCCCAGCCUUGCCACCGGCCCACAGCGACUCAGGAAUUUUGUCGGCGGUCAGUUCACAAAACGGGACAGAAGAGGGCCGGGAGCCCCGGCCGGAGGUGGGCGAGGAGGAGGGUUCCUUGGAGCUGUCGGCUGAGGGUGUGAGCAGGGCCAGUUCCUUCGACUCGGACUCAGAGGCCUUCUCUUCACCCUUCUGCCUCUCGCCCAUCAGCGCCGCCCUCGCGGAGAGCAGCAGCUCCGUGUUCCUGGAGAGCGAGAGCGGCUCCCCCUCCAGCGUGGAUGCCCACCUGCAGUUCCCGGACGGCCCCCAGCGUUGGGACGAGCCGCAGAGGGCCGGCGCCCUGGAGCAGAUCUGUGGUGUGUUCCGAGUGGAUUUGGGCCAGAUGCGCUCCCUGCGCCUCUUCUUCAGCGAUGAGGCCUGCACCAGUGGCCAGCUGGUCGUCGCCAGUCGGGAAAGCCAGUACAAGGUGUUCCACUUCCACCACGGUGGCCUGGACAAGCUGCCUGACGUGCUUCAGCAGUGGAAAUACUGUACAGAGACGCACCUCAAAGACCAGCAGGUCGCCGACGAAAAGACGUGUAUGCAGUUCUCCAUCCGGCGUCCCAAGCUGCCGUCUUCCGAGACGCACCCCGAGGAGAGCAUGUACCGACGGCUGGACGUGGCGGCCUGGCUCCGCCACCUGAAUGCGCUGGGGCAAGUGGAAGAGGAGUACAAGCUUCGCAAGGCCAUUUUCUUCGGCGGCAUUGAUGUGUCAAUCCGAGGGGAGGUCUGGCCCUUCCUGCUGCGUUAUUACAGCCACGAGUCGACGUCGGAGGAAAGGGAGGCGCUGCGGGUGCAGAAGAGAAAGGAAUACGCCGAGAUCCAGCAGAAAAGGCUCUCCAUGACCCCUGAAGAGCACAGAGCUUUCUGGCGGAACGUUCAGUUCACCGUGGACAAGGAUGUGGUUCGGACAGAUCGGAGCAACCAGUUCUUCCGAGGCGAAGGCAAUCCCAAUGUGGAGAGCAUGAGGAGGAUCCUGCUGAAUUAUGCGGUGUACAACCCAGCCAUUGGCUACUCCCAGGGCAUGUCGGACCUGGUGGCACCCAUCCUGGCUGAGGUCCUGGACGAGUCAGACACCUUCUGGUGCUUUGUGGGUCUGAUGCAGAACACAAUCUUUGUCAGCUCUCCUAGGGACGAGGACAUGGAGAAACAGCUGCUGUACCUGCGGGAGCUGCUGCGGCUGACCCACGCACGCUUCUACCAGCACCUGGUCUCGCUGGGCGAGGACGGCUUGCAAAUGCUCUUCUGCCACCGCUGGCUCCUGCUGUGCUUCAAGCGGGAGUUUCCCGAGGCCGAGGCACUGCGCAUCUGGGAGGCCUGCUGGGCCCAUUACCAGACAGAUUACUUCCACCUUUUCAUCUGCGUGGCCAUUGUGGCCAUCUACGGGGAUGAUGUCAUUGAGCAGCAGCUGGCCACUGACCAGAUGCUUCUGCACUUUGGGAACCUGGCCAUGCACAUGAAUGGGGAGCUUGUUCUCAGGAAGGCGAGGAGUUUGCUGUACCAGUUUCGCCUCUUGCCGCGGAUCCCCUGUAGCCUGCACGACUUGUGCAAACUGUGUGGGACUGGCAUGUGGGACAGCGGUUACAUGCCUGCCGUGGAGUGCACGGGCCAGCACCCAGGGUCGGAAAGCUGCCCGUAUGGGGGCACCGUGGAGAUGCCUUCCCCCAAGCCCCCCAGAGAAGGCAGGAAGGGCCCAAAGGUGCCCCGAGAAGGCUUCAGUUUCCGCAGAUAGGACAAAAUUGGAGUCCGGACGUGCCAGAAAUAAAACCCACCAGCUGCCCAGAGAAAAGUCGGCUCCCCAAGCAGCGGGACCAGGAUGCACGGCCACCCUACCUGGAGACGCAGGCUUGCUGGGUUCUCGUGUUGCCCACCUCUGACGGAUCUCAACACAACCCAGGAGUUCCUCCAGCUUCAUCAGCCACCAAAGGGUAUUAUUGCCAGGUACUGGGAAAGGCAGAGACAGAGACAGAAGGAGAGAGUCAGCACUGGGGAGCCCAGAACAAGGGGGUCCCAUCCAGGCCCAGAGACAUCUUUGCAAGCUGGGCGCACCCCCUCAUCAGGUUUCAUUCUUUGAAUAAAUCAAACAGACUCCACAGCUUCUCCAGCCACAGCUGCAAAGCUGAUGUGAAGACAUCUGCCAAAAAAAAAAAAAGAAGGCCCCACUGAUUUCAGGGUAGAGAGGUGUAAAAGCAGGAGGCUGGGGGUUUUCACACUGUCCGUUUCAACAUCCGACCCUCUUGGUAUGUGAAGGAAUCUGCUGCCUGUGAGCCUGAGCACGGGCUGUUGAAGUGUUGGAUUCUUCUCCCUUAGUUGAAGAAUCGUCUACAUUUAGCAGUGUUGAAGGCCAUUUUCACCAAAUACUGCGACCAACUUGGGGUUCGAUGGGUCGAGGUAUGUAUGUGUGUGUGUGCACGCAAAAUUCUCUGAAGGGAAUCUGUAAUGUUUGAGGGAAAGGGCACAAUGUGAACUGACCAACAAGACAAAGGCAGCUGAAAGUGCCAGAAACACUCCCACUUCCCUGCAGGGUCUGCGUUCUGCCGUGACCGCCAGUCUUCUGUAAGUCAGCGUCUCCGGUGGUCAGAUGCGUGAGCAACCACAGUACGAUAGCCGUCACUCAGGGCAACCCUGCUUUCUGUGUGGGAACCAGGUCUUCUCAGCAUGCUCUCCCUGCUCCCAGAGCCUCCCCAGUUACUCCUUCUGGGGUUUAGAGGAGGACAGACAAGGACACGGGAAGGCUCCCAGCCAGCAUAGAAGACUGGAGCUAUUCGCACGGGAACUGACAGGAACAAGGAGCCUGGAAUCGUUCCUUGAAUCCUCCUGAAUGUCCUUCUGGGGAGAAAAAUCCUUGAAGUGCUGAGAGUCAUCACAGAGACACAGCCCAACCAAGGCUUCUUCCUGCCCCCAGCUUUACUCACUUAGAGUGGACGCUGCUGGAUGGCGCCACUUUAAAAAGUUGUUUAUCAACAGGAAAGAGGAAGUUAUCAGCCUCUUCCCUUCUCAGCUUCUCUAUGAGUCCAUGUCCUCCAGUGGGCAGAAGACUGACACUGGGACUUCCAGGUUGCUGACACCUCAGUCCAGGAGCCUUUUGGGGAGACUAUCCUGGAGCCCCAUCAGUGCCCAGAUCUUGGGGUACCAACCAUUAUAGUCCAGCAGCAGGGCCCAGGCUGGAUAGACUUCUCAUCUGCUCAGCUUCUGGGAAAAGAAGAUUGCCUUUCCAUCCAGAGGAUGGCUCCUGAUCUGUUAUGGAAGUGGCUUGAGUUACCAGGCACUAUGUUGACCCUCCUCUAGAGACCACAUCUCCAUGAACAGGUGUAUCAGUUAUCCAUUGCCACAGUAAUGCUGCAUAACAAAUAGCCCCCAAACAUGGUGGCCUCAAAUAGCAUGCACUUAGCUAGCCCAUGAGUCUGUGGGGCAGCAGCUCUGGCUGGGCGGUUCUGGUCUGGGUUGGACUAUUAAGUUCCAACAGGGUGCUCACACAUGUAGAGGUGUGUAGAGGUCAGAUGUGGCUCUGCUCCAUGCCUCUUACAUCCUUCCCACAAGCCAGUCCCGGCCAAGGCAAAGGUGCAGAAUCAGAAGUGUGUAGGCACCUUCCCAAGCCUUGACAGAUGCUGCCCCUGCUCACCAUCCCAUUGGCCAAAGCCAGUCACCUGGCCAGACUCAGCAUCUAAGGGUGGGGAAAUGGAACUUCCUCUGCAGUAAGAGAAGUCACAUGCCUAGGGGCUGGGGACUCAGGGAGGGGUGAGGAACCAGACGGCUGGUAGGCAGCUGGAAUUGGGAGUCUACCAUUACCGCCACAAAAUCCUGGUCUAGAUAACACUGUUUUGGAACUCGCCUUUUACCAGGGGCAUGACUUUCUACUGAAGGGACUGGAGAUGCCUAAACGGGGAAAGAGUGCGCCCCUCCCUUCCUCUGUAGCCAGAGUGCAUCUGCACGUUUUCUGAUACCUUGUGCCUUUGGGCUGCUGUGUGGGGUGGAGGGAGAGGGGUCCUGGGUUCCCUCACUUUGAGGGUCCUGGGUGGAAAGCACUCAUUCUGAACCUACCACAGCCCCUAACCCUCACAACUCCCCAAGACCUUGUACCAAGUGCCACCCCUGCCUUCACUGCUCCGACCUCACACUCUGUGUGCUGGGCUGGGCCCCAGUGUGGUCUGGGCUUCAUGGAGCAGCCAGGACCUCAAAAAGCCGAAGACUUGGGUGUAUGGGCUCUGUGAGGUCCCACUGCUCCGGAGGGAUGGAGAAAGCCCACCCUUAUACGGCUCCCUUAAUCUGGAUGCAAUUAGAGGAAACCAGCCAAAAACCCUGUGGCAGCUGUUGCCCCAGGAUUAUUCCCAGCCAGCAAAAGGCAUUAGGGUGAUAAUUCAGUCAUUAGACUUCUAGCCUUCCCACCACCAGAACGUGCAAAUACGGGAUAAUCAGCCCGGCACGGCCAUCUUCCCUGAUGCUGCUUAUUUAACCCAUUUUUUAAAAAUGACACUUAAUGUUAUUGGCUGGUGUGCGUGUGCACGCAUACUUACAAGUUUCCCCACUGCUAAUGUCUGUGCUGACGUUACCUGAUGUCGUCGGGGCCUCUGGGAAGAGAGGGCACCUUUGAUGCACACGUGCUGGUGAGGAAAGGGCAGAGGGGCACAGACUCACCAGCCCAGUGUGGGGUUCACCCUCCCAAGGAAGGGGAGACAAUGGCAGGAUGAAGCUGGGCCCAGGGAAGGUGGGAGAUGCACAAGCUGGGGAAACAGUGGGAUUGGGGUCUGAUUAAGUGCAGAAGGGAACAGUGUGCUAUUCCAGAAGGUUCUGACUUAAGUCCCAGCAGGGAAGACUUGGAACUCACAAAUCAAGGGAAUCGGUGUUCUUGAGCCAAUUAGGGAGGGAUGGGCAGGCUGGGGAGGACCCGCCUCCAGCCCAGUCCACCUAUGCAGAGGAGGAGGGUCUGCAGUCCAGAAGCGCAGUUCCAUUGGCAGACGUGGGCUGGACGCUAUUAGCAAGCAGCGCUGUGUUGUCUUGAUCGGACAGGACAGUGUCAGGCACGACGGAGGUUUUUGAAUCCAGGACCUUUGUGUUUUCUGUCAAAGCCUGCUGGGGGCAGACAGCUAGACAGGAUGAAGAUGCUGGUCCUGAAAUGAGGGCAGAAGUGGCUGGCAGAGGUCCCCCAGCUCUGACCUUUGAUUGGGAAACAGGGCAAAAUCUGUAGUGGGGGGGGGCCUCUGUGGCCCCGGUGUUUUGUGAGGUCCCUCUGAGCUCUCUCGUCUGAGUCUUGUUUGGUAGAAAUAGCUGGGAAGCAGCAGCAGCAAGGUGGGGUGGGAAUCUGCUCAAGGCUGUGCCCUGGCCCUGCGGAAGCCUCCAUCUCCUGUUUAGCCUCUCCUCCCCCAUGGAGGGAGAGUGGGUGGUGGCAGGAGGACCUGGGUUCACCCUGCUGAGGGAAGGAAGCCUCUUCCAGUUUGUCUGCCCAGCAGAGGCCCCUAGAGGCUGCCCUGCCUCAGAGGAAGGAGGCGGAGUGUCCCCGGGAAAUCCCACACACACGUGCAGGGGUGUGGCCGGCCUGGGAGCUGUGCCAUGAACCCACAGCAAGGGGAGGGAGCCUGUGGGUCUGGCCUGAGCCUGGGCACUUCCCCUGGAGAUUCUGGGGAACCAGAUGGCCCAGGAUCUGAUUAGCCUUGGAUUUCUAAGCUGGGCUGCAAGGCCUUCCCUCCAAGUGAAAGCAUUCUGUCCCUGGCUAUCCCUGACUGAGAAGAGGGACCUGCCCCCACAGUUGUGAAGCCUAAGGACAGGGCUCCCCUACAGAGGGUGAGCAGUGCUGUGUAGAAGGAAGACACUUACCUAGGGGUCAGGAACCUGUUUCCCGUCCUGCCUCUAACCCUUUCCAGGUGCAUGACCUCCCCACCCUGAGCCUCGGGUCCCUCAUCUGUAGAAUGGGAACACUGCCUCUGGCUUAGUCCACCUCACAGGACUAGUGCAGGGACUCUCCAGGUGACAGUGUCAUGAAGAUGGUUUCCCAGUCCCGGGGACCUCACCUGCCACUCAGGGAAGAGACCUGGCCUUGCAGCCUUGGCCGAGAGGCGGUGUGCUCCCAAUCUGAGAGCUCACCCUGCUCCAGGAGUCAGCAAACCCCCACCCUUCCACACAUCCACCUGACUGCGCGUCCCCAGCUAGGGGUACUCCUCUGUGCCUCUUCUGUGAAAUUCACCCCAGGCCACCUCUCUCCUGCCACAGGGAAGACUCACCGUGAGCCAUGACCUUGGUGACCCCGAGAGACGUGUCUGUGUGCAGCGUGCCUGGCUCUGCAUCAGGACGUGGUCCAGGCCUCAGGGUCCUCCCCUGGGGCUGUGAAACCCACUCGAGCCUGGAGCAGGGAGGGGGCUGUGGCCCCCCGUGUCAGGCGUAGAGACUGGAGAGGGAUGUCCCUAGGCCUCUGGGGGGCAGGGCGGGUGUGCAGACAGGCUGCAGGCAUCUGGCCAUUAAACACAUUGCACUCAAUUUCUAGGUAGGAAAGUACGUUUCCAGUUGAGAGAUCAAGUCACUUGGUCUCUCCAGCACCUUGGGUUAAUCAGAGGGCAGGGUUUCUGUUGUCUUAGGGAAAGUUUAAAGAAAUUUCCACCAUUACCAAGAGAUCACUGAUGUCCAUGGCAAGCAAUUCUUUCUCUGUAUUUUAUUUUGUUUUUUAAAUACGAUCGCCUGCUGCCCCAGGCUUGGGACUGGCCACUCUGACCGCUGGGGCCCCAGCCCCCACAAUGCUUCCGGCUCUCAUGGAUCCCACUGCAAAGUAAAUAAAAUCAU